AUGGCGAGCAUCGAUCGAUACCGGCCGCCACGCGAAGGCUACCAGCCCCCGGUUCCCGCCAACCGCCAGACCCAGAGCCAGGAGAGACCUCGGUCCCCCUCGCCGAGCAACAGUCAGAGACAGCCGCACCUACUUCCGCAGCAGGAUGUUCCUCCUGCCGCACCGACACCACCCCAGCACAGCGCGCGCACGUCGCCUCCGCGGGCGCACGGUGCCGCCGCCCAUCCCGUCACAGCCACUUCUUCCGCCGCCGCCGGAGGUGGACAGUCGCCCGCGCCUUCAGGCGCUCAGACACCACCUGCCCUGCUGAAUCAGUGGUCAUUCUCGACGGAAGAGGUGAAUAGCACGCCGACCAUACUCGAGGGCGUGGCGCCCUCGGAGGAGAGGAUGCGCCGAGCAAAGGGCGUCAACUUCAUCUACCAGGCUGGCGUGAUGCUCGACCUACCACAGAUAACGCUUUGGGUUGCCGGUGUCUUCUUCCACCGAUUCUACAUGCGCUGGAGUAUGCAUGAGAAGACUGGUAUCCAUCACUAUAAUAUUGCCGCAACGGCCCUUUUCCUCGCCAACAAGGUCGAGGAGAACUGCAGAAAGACGAAGGACAUCAUCAUCGCGGUGGCCAAGGUGGCGCAGAAGAAUGCCAAGCUCAUAAUCGACGAGCAGAGCAAGGAAUACUGGCGGUGGAGGGACAGCAUCCUGACGUACGAGGAGAUCAUGCUGGAGCAGCUGACGUUUGACCUGAUGAUUGACAACCCGUAUCGGCACCUGUUUGAGCUGCUGGAGCAGCUGGACCUGGUGCACAACAAGCACCUCCGGCAAGCGGCGUGGGCCUUCUGUAACGACGCGUGCCUGACGGCGCUGCCGCUCCUCGUCGAGGCGCGCGACGUGGCCCUGACGGCCAUCUUCUUCGCCAGCGUCCACACGGGACAACGCAUCGACGACGUCAACGGCCAGCCCUGGUGGCGGUACUUGAAGGGGAACGAGGCCCGCUGCGCAAAGGCCAUCGACGUGAUCCGCCAAUUCUACACGGAGAACCCGCUUAGGAAGCAGAACCCAUCGUUGCCCUCGCCAGCCUUUGACCUCGAGAUAUCCAGGCGCCGCGCCGAGGCCAUCAUCAGCCAACCCGACUCGGACGCCCCCGCCCCGGCCACCACCCCGAUGGACAUUGACAGGAGGACUAGGAGCCGCAGCCCCCUUCCCCCCAGGCCAGACGGAGGAGGUCUGACAGCAGCAGCGGCGGCGGCAUCUUCCUCGCAGCCUCAACAGCCUCCGCGCUCCCCUGCCAAGAGAAAGGAGGCUGAAGGACCAGCAGAGGGUGACGACCACAGCAGGGCUGAUAAACGUCCCAGGUUGUCGGACGAAGAAGAAGGUGAGGAGGGUGAACUGGUCGAGGGCUAA